AUGCCACCUCGUCAGCGUCGUCCCACCGAAAGCCAUAAGAAGGAUCCAGGAAGCUGUCAGACAGCCUCUGUUGCUACUGCAGUCCUGGAAGAUCCCCCCCGGGCUAUCAGAUCGCUCGUCCAUUGGGACGAUCUGCCCCACUGGCAGCGCGAUAAUCAGCAUAUCCAUACAGGGUAUCGACCGGCAUCGUAUUCGUUUCUCGGCUCGUUCCAGUCCCUGACAUAUAUUCACAACGAGACUGUGAACAUCUACUCCCAUCUAUUGCCAUCUGUACUGGCCAUCCCUGCCGCUCUUCAACUUUAUCGGGCCCUUGCCCCACGCUAUGAAACCGCCACCGAUGGCGAUAUCCACGCCUUUGGCUGCUUCUUUGCGGGAGCAGCAUUUUGUCUGGGGAUGUCGGCGUUCUACCAUACCAUCUCGAACCAUUCCCCGACUGUGGCACGCAUUGGCAACACGUUUGACUACAUUGGCAUUGUAGGACUGAUUGUGGGUAGUUUUGUACCUAGCGUCUACUACGGCUUCUACUGCGUUCCUGACUUGCAGAGGCUGUAUUGGUCCAUGAUAUGCACGAUUGGCCUUGGCUGCGUUGUGGUAUCGAUCUUCCCCCAGUUCCGGACCCCCCGCUGGCGUCCAUUCCGUGCAGCCAUGUUUGUUGGUAUGGGCCUGUCAGCGGUUUUUCCCGUCGUCCACGGUCUGCAGCUCUACGGGCGUGACCAGAUGAUGCGGCAGAUAGGCCUCGGCUGGCUUCUGCUUCAGGGAUUUUUGUACAUCCUGGGUGCGGGGAUAUAUGCAGCCCGAGUCCCCGAACGGCUGCGACCAGGGAGGUUCGAUCUUUGGGGCAGCUCGCAUCAGAUCUUUCAUGUGCUUGUUGUCUGCGCCGCGGUGGCUCAUCUGACAGGGCUCUUCAGGGCUUUUGACUAUAGGCAUAGCGGGAUUGCAGAAAGCUGUCCGUUAUAA